AUGGCCAAGCGAACCACGACCACCACCACAACCUUUCUUCCCCCUUUCAAUUAUGACGAUUCUGAAAUUAAUGAAUCAUGCGAAAUCAAUGUUGCGACUCAAGGAUUCCUAAAUGGUGUCGAUUUUUAUGUGUAUCUUCUUGCAUUGAGCCCGUUGGCUGUAUGUUUUCUAUGCUGUUUUCCUUCUUAUCUGGCUGCUUUUAGACGGAAUGCGGAGGCGAUUAGUGCAAGCCCAUUCCUCCCACUCAUCAAUCAUUCCUACCGUACCAUUGCUUUCAACUAUACCACUUGCAUCAUACUUGGUGUCUUAUCAAAACUGUUUCUGGAUUCAGGAAGCCGAAUUCCGUAA